GCAAAGCCGAUGUCUACUUGAAAUGGCAAUACUUCACCUUUCAUGCCUUUUGACAAGGUCUUGAAAACCGGAUUGGAUCAGUUCAGCUAGCUUAACUGGUUAGGCCGGGACUCGAGCACCUUUCCGAUAUAGGUCAAACGCUGAAACCAAGGUUCUUGUGGCUUAGUGUGAAUUGUCCAGAACGAAUGGCCUGGCUGACCAAAGCAGCCCAGUCUCUGGACCAGCCUUUGAGGAGACUUGGGAGGAGCCAGAGAGCUGUUGUCAAUGGCCGCCACAAGCUCACAGCAUUACCUCCAGCAAGCCAAAGGGUUGCCACCAUGACAGCCGUGGGCAGGCAUGGAAUGGACUGUGCGCACGCCUUCUUCUUCUUUGGGAGCACCACCAACACACAACCAACCAGUCCCCAAUUCUUGAAUCUUAAAGUGGUUGUAAGAUAUGUUGGCUCUAUUGGGGCUUAUUACAGAACCUUAGUUAGUUUUUUAGUUAGUUUGCUAUAUUUUGUUUUUCUGUUUAUCUUUCUAUUUCUUUUUUCUUUCUUCUUCUGUUUUUCUUCUUGAUCUUUCUUUUUUAUCUGGUUAUAAAUACAGCAUGUAUAGCAUUGUAUUUACAUGUGGAAUAAGAAGAAGUAUUCUCAUUU